AUGUCCUCAUGCGCUUUUUGCAGAAUUGCCGCUGCGCAUCACCCAGUGGCCCCGUCAACAUAUCUUCACUCAACGCCGAACGCCAACGCCAACUCUCCCUCCACUCCAACACCAGGUCCAGGUGAAGACGGCCAUGCUUUCUUAAUUCUUUCCACGAAACAUGUCCUUGCUUUCUUAGAUAUUAUGCCCCUGACACGAGGCCAUGUGCUCGUUGUUCCACGGAAUCAUCAUGAGAAGUUGGCUGAAGUGGGGGUAAGGGUUAGUCGCGAGCUUGGUACAUGGCUUCCCAUACUCUCGCGUGCUGUGAUGAGAACGGUAUUCGGGGAGAGCACCGAUUCAGACCCAAGCGGUAGUGGGAGUGGCGAUGGUAAUGGCAAUGGCACAAGUGGUGGUACUCGUGCAGAUCCGAGCUGGAACUGGAAUGUCGUCCAGAAUAACGGCGCCGGAGCUGCGCAGGUCGUCCCGCAUGUGCAUUUCCACAUUGUGCCGCGACCGCCGUUAGGCCAGGCGUCUACAUCGGCGAAAAUGAGCUUUAUUAUGUUUGGGCGUGGGCAGAGGGAGGAUUUGGAUGACGAGGAGGCGGAGGACUUAGUACGGCUUUUGAGGGAGGAGAUUGCCAGGGAGGUGGUGAGAGUUAAGGAGGCAGAGGACAUUGAUCUGGACGGGGAGUUUCGGGAUGCCGAGAGUGGUGUGGCCGGCGGCAAGGGGAGAUUAUAG